GCCCUCCUCAUCACCGGGCUGCAAGGAAACGAAACUAGCUCUCUCCAUCCUCCCCUCCGGGCGCCGCCCCCGAGCCUCAUAGCCCCCGAGCCCCAGCAUGGAGCGGGUCCGCACUCCGGGUCCGGCGAUUCCACCGUACGAGCCCCUGAUGGACGGGCUGGACAUGGAGGGGAAGACCCGCAGCACAGUCGUGACGGUGGAGAGCCCCCAGGUGCCUCCUCCCCGCGACCACUUGGCCUGGUCGCUGUGCACCACGCUGUAUGCCAACGUCUGCUGCCUCGGCUUCCUGGCGCUCGUCUUCUCCGUGAAGUCCAGAGAUCGCAAAGUCCUGGGUGACUACAGCGGGGCGCUGAGUUAUGGUUCCACUGCCAAGUACCUGAACAUCACGGCCCAUCUGAUCAACAUCUUCCUCAUCAUCCUCGUCAUCGCCCUGGUUGCCAGCGGCACCAUUGUGGUGGCCAACAUCGUCAACCACCACCAGCAACACCCCGAAUUCAUUGGACCCACUUAGUCACUUAGUCCAUGUGCAGAGCUUCGCUUGGGGCUAUGCUUUCCUUGCUUCUUCCAACCCCCUCUCCAGUCACCGUAUGAAAAAGCUCCUCAAGACUCGCUUUGCUCUGGCGGGAACCGACAAAAACUGGCUGUAGGAAUGGGAGCUCCCAGACUUUGCUGCUUGCCACCUCACUCUGCCUUUUUGCUAUUGCUCUGAGUGCCUGUAAAAGCCCUUAGGGAAGCACCUCAUCAGUUUGGAAAGAAAGGAAAAAAAAAAAAGCACAAUAAAGGUAUCUUUCACUUUUG